CUCAGACCACCUCCGACCACCUUCCACCUCCCCACACUCCACCGUUCGUCGGCCUUCCUGAUCCAGGCCGUCGGGCAUGGGAGCUGCAUGUUGCUCUCAAGCUGAGCCGGGGCAGAAGGAGCAGGUGCCGGGCAACCCGCCCUUGGAUCCCACCAAGAGCGCCAAGCUAGCUCCUGGAGCUCCCGGGCCCGCUUCGAGUCCGGCGCCUGUGGUGGCCAGUGAUGGAGACGGCUAUAACUACAAGGUGUUUCCAGAUGGAUCCAGAUAUGAAGGUCAAUGGAAAGACGGGCUGAAGCACGGGAAGGGACGCUUCACCUACCCUGAUGGCGACGUCUACGACGGUGAGUGGCAAGAUGGGAAGGCCCAUGGCCACGGGACGUACACUUCAAAGCAGUCCAAGUACGUGGGGGACUGGCAGAGUGACCUCAAGCACGGCCAAGCCGUCGAGGAGUGGGACGACACGUCAAAGUACACCGGCACCUACUCUCAUGGGCAGAAGCAUGGCAAGGGCAGGUUUGAAUGGCCUGAUGGCUCCGUCUACGACGGCGAGUUUCGCAACAACAACGCCCGGGGCGCCCGACACAACGACGCCAGCGGUGCGACGCUUUCGGCUUUCGGAGCCGCACCCCACAAGAGCCGAAGAGCGCGAGCAGACGAAAAGGCGGCCGGUCGUGCUGUUUGAUAUAUAUCUAUGAUGUUUUAUGUUGUUUUUGGGUGGAGCGAGUUGCGCAAGCGCAAGGCCGCGAGCAUCCGCGAGCCAAAUAUGGCCGGUCAGGAAACGCCGUUCGGCGGGUCUGGUGCGCGG